ACGUGACACGGAAGUAGCUGUAGUCAAAAACUCAUCAUGUGAAACUUUUCCUCAUUCAUAUAAACAAACUGGAUCAUGCUCGCACACAGUCUGCUGUUCGUAAUCUCAUUCAUCCUCAAGUCUUGUGCUGAGUUUUAUGUUAUAGAUGAUCGCAUUGGAUUAGGAAGAGAGUUUGAUGGGAUAGGUGGAUUAAGCGGAGGAGGGGCCACCUCGAGACUUUUGGUAAACUAUGAAGAACCGUAUCGAGGACAAAUACUGGAUUUCUUGUUUAAGCCAAGUUUUGGAGCUUCACUGCAUAUCCUGAAGGUUGAAAUAGGAGGGGAUGCCCAAACCACCGAUGGGACAGAGCCCUCUCAUAUGCACAGUGAAGAUGAUGUGAAUUUCUUCCGUGGAUAUGAGUGGUGGCUUAUGAAAGAAGCCAAGAAGAGAAAUCCAGACAUAAAACUGAUCGGUCUUCCCUGGGCGUUUCCAGGAUGGAUUGGUCAGGGCAUGCAAUGGCCAUACUUUUUCCCAAAAAGGACUGCUAAAUAUGUCGUUUCCUGGAUUAUUGGAGCAAAGCAGCAUCAUAACCUGCACAUCGACUACGUUGGGAUAUGGAAUGAAAAAAGUUUUGAUGCAACGUAUAUCAAGAUUCUGCGAAACACUUUGGACCAAAAUAAUUUGACAGAUGUUGGAAUCAUCGCUGCAGACGGGGACUGGAAUAUUGCUACAUUCAUGGCCCAAGAUCCAUAUCUGAAUGAUGCUGUUGAGGUGAUAGGUGUUCACUACCCAGGCACCAACACAGUAAAGGACGCCCUGUGGACUCAGAAGAAACUUUGGUCCUCUGAAGAUUACAGCACGUUUAAUAAUGAAAUAGGGGCUGGAUGCUGGGCUCGCAUUUUAAACCAGAACUACGUGAACGGCAGAAUGACUUCGACCAUAUCCUGGAAUCUGAUAGCAAGUUACUACGAGAAUCUGUCUUUUGGCGGAGAUGGGUUGAUGACAGCCGAAGAGCCUUGGAGUGGACAUUAUGUAGUGGAUUCUCCAAUAUGGAUAACUGCACACACAACCCAGUUUGCACAACCGGGCUGGUUUUAUCUGCAGACUGUGGGCAAUCUCACCCAUGGAGGAAGUUAUGUGGCCUUAACCGACCUCAAAGGGAAUCUUACUAUUGUGAUUGAAACUAUGACACACGAUCACUCUGAGUGCAUCCGACCUCCUCUACCGCAGUUUAAUGUCUCUGCACAAAAAGUCACUUUUCAGCUUAAAGCUUCUUUUGCACAUCUAACUGAACUGCAAGUGUGGUAUUCAAAGUUGGAUUUUGAGACUAAGAAAGAUAUACUUUUUAGAAAGAAAAGUCCUAUUAAGGUCUAUGAUGGUUCAUUUACCCUAAAACUAGAUGUUGAUGAAGUUUACACAAUCACAUCCCUUACUACUGGAGAGAAAGGCUUCUACCCAGAUCCCCCUGAAUCCUGUUCAUUUCCAAAGAACUACUCGGAUGAUUUUACUGUCGAAAACCCUCCGUUCUCUGAGGCACCAUAUUUUGCCGAUCAAACCGGCGUGUUUGAGUACUUCAGAAACCUGACGGACACAGGGCCACAUGCUUUCACCUUACGACAGGUGAUCACAGAGCGACCGGUCACCUGGGCACGAGAUGCAGACCAGACCAUCAGCAUCAUCGGGGACUACAGCUGGAAAGACCUCACUGUGUCGUGUGAUGUGCUCAUUGAAACUCCUAACACCGGAGGAGUGUUCCUGGCCGCCAGAAUUGAUCAAGGAGGAGAAUCCAUCCGAAAAGCAAAGGGUGUCUUUUAUUGGCUUUAUGCAAAUGGGACUUAUAAAGUGUCAAAUGACAUAGGUGGACAGAGAGUUCUUGCUGAAGGGCUUUCGGGAACAAGGGCUGGUGUAUGGUAUUCAUUAACACUUAGUGUAAAGGGAGAUUUUGCCUUCGGGGAACUAAAUGGCUACCCACUGUGGAAGUAUGCUGUUGUCCUCGAACCCAAGAAAGGCUGGGCGGCACUGGGAACUCUAUCAUUUGAAUAUGCGCAGUUUGAUAAUUUUAAAAUACUUGCAGAUUUAUGAUCACACAGAGUCCUUACAUUUAUGUUUACAUGAUUUUUACACACUUGCUGUAUUUUGUAACAAUUCACUUUUUUUAACGGUGUAAUGAAUGUAUUUUUGAUUUCAUUUGUUGAAUCUUAAAUCUUAUUCCUUUGGUGGAUUAUAAAUGUGAAAUGGGACGUAUUGUGCAAAUGAACUGGGUUGUUGUCACAGCAGACAAUGUAUGACUAAUACACAAUCAGUUACGUGUUUGGACACACUUGACAGAAUCUGAAAACGUUUUCUUUGCAACCAAAAAUUGUAGUUAGUAUUUUUGUAAAUGGUUAAGUUAAAGCAGAUUUGAAAAGAAAAGCAGGUAACAACAAACCAAAACAAAAAAAUAAGAAAAUUUACCAUGGUUUUGUUACAGUAAAUAGUAUCAUGUAGUAUCAAUAUCAUUAUAGUAUCAUGUUUUUAGCGGACUGGUAAUUAUUACAAUUAGUAAUACUAUAGUUUUACUGCAAAUACCAUAAUUAAACUAUGUUUACUGUAGUAAAACUAUAAUUUUCUUAAUUAACAUUAUUGGGUUUGGGAUUUUUUUAACGAAAAUUAACCAUGGUUUUACUACAUUUAAAAAAACUGUUAAACCAUGGUUACUGUAGUAAAACCAUGGUUUUGCCAAUAGUAAUCAAUACACAAAAAACAUGGUUAGCCUACUACACUGAAAAAAUUACUUUCUUACUUAGUAUUUUUGUCUUGGUUUCAGUACAAAUAUCUAACAAUUCUUAAAUCA